UCACGUCAUGUUUUUCUGUUUCUGACAACCAGUUGUUUUGCUGCUGUCACGUAGUUGUCACCUUUAGCAGCACUUUGGAAGUGAAAAUUGCUUUUGUACAAAUUAAACUCAACAAAAAACACGUACCAAUUGUAAAAAGCACGUUUAUCGCCACAGUCCGUCUCACAAUUGCAACAGCAACUAAUCAACUGUGUAAUUUUCGUUUUAAGGAGUGAUUAUUUGGAUUUCGUCAAGAUAAUUUAAUGGGGAAGAACUAAAUCGUUUGGUUUUCCCGAGAUUAUGAGAAAAAGGUGCUUCCAAAAACAGUAUUGCUUUAUUUUCUUAUUUUAACGAAGCUAUGGCUAACAAAUGCAAGGAUUGUGGAUGCACAUGCAAAAAAUGCAUAUUCAAAGAUCAUGAUGUUCAUCUUCAUCUAGAAAUCGAGAAUCUCAAACAGAGAUUGAUGGAAAAAGAGAACCAUAUUGUUACAAUGGAGACAAAUUUCUUGAAUGAAGCCAAUAAGUAUCCCAGUGGAGAACUGUCUUCCUUUAAAGAGGAGCUACUAACUUGGCAGGAUAAAUACAAAAGGUUGUAUGAAGCUCACAGGAGAGUACAAAGGGUCAAUCAAGGAUUGGAGGAUAAACUAUUGAAGUUAGUAGACGUGUGCGAAACUGAAAAGACUGCUCUCACUAAAGACGUUGCCACAUUGUCGCACAAACUAGCCGAUGCUAAUUAUACUAUAAAGAAAUUAAAAGAAGAAAAUGAAAGGUAUAAGAACGAUGUCAGUUUAGCAAUACAAUUUUUACAGUGUAAACAAAGCAAUUUUGUAGCUCAUAGAUAUGAUACGCUACCUUCGGAAGUCCAAGCUCAAGUUUCCAACUACAUGACGGCGAAGCGGAAACCCGAAACCCCUCGCCCCCCACCCGAAAUAAAAAGCAUCAAAGUUCCUAUUCCGACCUUUCCUCCAACGGCCAUGGUCUAUUCGGUACCGAAAUCUCCGAAUCCAGAGCGCAAAGUGGAACCCGAUCCGGAACAACCUCCCGUAGAUAUCGUUUCGGCCGCCAUCAUGGCCAAAGUGUUGGAGGAGCGGCAACGCGAGAGAUCGGCUAUGAAACAUUGUGAUACUUGCACAUGUGCCAAAGGAGUCAGGAUCGUACAUCACACUAGUAACCAUAGCGUGGGCACGCAAACGGGUGAUUAUAAGGAUAUGGUGUGUUUGAGGUGUAACGAGACUUUGCAAGGAAUUACAAGUAUGAAAAUCGUGAGGAACCCGGAACCAAAGACGCACAAAGUCGUACCCAUUUAUCCCCUGGAACCUUCAGAACCGGCGGCGACUAUGGCGACGAAUCAAUCCAACUACAACGUGGUAAUGGUUCAACCCAAUAAUUUUCUAGCGGCAAUAUCUGCUCCAUCUAGCCCUAUCGAUUCCAACAAACUCUCGACGACGGACAAACCGAUCACUCACGAUAACCUCGUGAUCAGCAACGAGAUCAAGUCCUACCAAGCUGUCACGUCCACGGGGGAUAGCGAGAAUGCUGAUCAACAUCACAGAUUGUGUGACCAAUCGAAACCUAGCUACGAAAUCGAUUCGGCAUCGGAAAAGGGCGAUUCCGAAAAGAUGGAGGACAUCGAUAGCGACAAAACAUCGCCCAGAGGUCCCAGGUACGCUUCGAUGAGAAUGCAGAGGGGCACCAAGAACAUUCUAUUGGACAACGCCCACAACAACAUUGCACCUGUACUGUACACUAGGUCUCAAAAAUCUCUACUUGGCUCAGAAGUCGACUCCGUAGCCUCGGAGGCUCAGAAUCAGCAACAACGCGUCGCCGAUUGGAUACGAAGCAACGUCGACGAGCCGGACGUCAGCAGCUCCGACAAUUCUCGAUCGGAAAACGCAGAUGGCAUCGAUCGCGCCCGUUAUGCCGAAAUGGAAGAGAACGUGAAGCGAUUUUUGUUCGGCGAGAGCGAUUUUUUGAAAACUGUAGAGAUCGGAAAGAACAAGUACAGGCGAUUUGUCGAAACUGAGAUAGACGGGAGCACUACUGGUGCGGUGGAGAAUAUUUAGGGGGUGGUAUGGGGGUUGGUUGAGUCGAGUAGUUGUAUAGACGGUGCUAGUGUAGUAAGAGUAAUGGUUUCAUGACUGAAAUUAUUUGUAGAGGGCUUUAAACUUCCAAGAAAUAUUUUAAUUUUAUUUAAAUCUGGCUAUUUUCCUCCAAAAUGGGUAUAAUAUUGAAAUUAUAUCUGUUCUAAUUGAAUUAGAAUAAAUAAAUUUCAAAUUUUUUUCAGAAAAAUCGAAAGUUUAGAGCUGGAAUCUAAAAUAAAAAUGAUUUUUCAUCUUUUUGGAUGGAUCAACUCGGUACAUAUUUAAUUUAUGAAACAGGGUUGGCUUUCAGAUUUUAGCUGAAUAUGUUGGAUGUAUUUCUAACACUAGUUUUAUAUUUACUAUUUACUCCAACACAAGCAAAGCAGGUCCGAAGUUUUGAUCUUGCUAGUACUAUAUAACAAAUCCUUAUACAGCAUUUUGGUUAGGUUUUCUACUGAAUGAAAUAAUUAAUGUUUUCUUUACUAUCAAAAAACGUGGAUAGUAUGACAAUUUUAACUGUUUUAAAAACUUACAUAGAAAAAAAUUGCGUUAAAUGUUUUAUCUGUUUUAUAAAAGUCAGUACAUGGCUGUUUUGACUUUUAUUAAGAACUGUUAAACUUCAGCAUGCAUGCUCAAACUUCAGAACUGUCAAAAUCGUGACGUAAAGAACACUUAUUUGUUCAAGAGUAUUACGAUCGUGUAUUGUUGAGAGAUUUUUGUUGGAUAUAAUUGUUGUGAACUACACUAGCAUUGUUCUUUGCCUCGCAGACUUUCUAACAAUCCAGGCAAUUGUAACAUAAUCAUUUUUGAUGUUAGCGGUUUUAGAAAAGAAAAAGAAAAUAAUUUUUUACGUGAUUUUUGAAAAUGUUUUCCUUCUAACGAGGGGUUUACCAAAACUUAGUUUUAAG